AUGGGAGACCGCAAGCCUUCUCAAUUCUUGCGGAACCUACGCACGCUCGCUGGAAAUGCCGUACCCGAACAACUGCUACGCACGUUGUGGCUCGGGCGGUUACCGACAACCAUGCAAGCCAUUCUGGCGACCAGAGCGCAAGACCGACUGGAGGACGUCGCAGAACAGGCAGACCGAAUACAAGAGGUCACUGUUCGCUCAGUCAACGAGGUAAAAACGGCGUCAGACGACCCGUCACCGACGGCCCACCAAAUACGUCAACUCACCGACCAGGUGGCAGCCGUGGCUCGACGUUUCAGGCAAACGCCUCGUCCACGAAACAAGAAUAGGAGCAGGUCAAGGGAUAAGAAGAGACCGGAUCACCUUUGCUUCUAUCAUCGGAAGUUCGGGCAACAAGCUCGAAAAUGCACCCAACCGUGCAAUUUCCAAUCGGGAAACGAGCGGGGGAGUCACUGA